AUGCUUGUACAUUUAUUUCAUCGAUGAGCAUUCCAUUCAUAUCACCCCUCGUGUGUUUAUUUAUGCGACAGCUGGCAGGAAACACAAAAGCAUGCAGUCAUAGUGGAUGGCACUGGAUGCACCAGCUUUUUCGUCCUCGUUACGUAUUUCAUAGAUUGAAGUUCUCGCAUCAGUUUAUGCGACUCAUGUUUUUCUGCUGGGAAGAUCCGAAGUUUUAUAACGUUGACCCUGUUUCCAACGGCGCGAACGAUGUCUCGACGACUGUCAGCACCAAAGGUCACGCUGACCCCACCCGGACAGGAAAAGCGGUCAUCCAUUUCCGACGCUAAUCACCAGCAGCUGAAGAAAGAUGUCCACGAUCGCAUUAUUGAGAUGGUCAGAAAGAAAAAGCUUGAAAAAGAGCAGAAGGCCAGCGGGAAAAAAGGAUUUCUAAAUCCCGAACGCAAAAGAAACUUAAAGAAACUACUUCAAGAAGCAGCCAAAAAAGCGGUAAAAGAGCAGCAAAAUGAGCGGGCGCGCAUUCGCGGCGAAGAACUGGAAAAAGCCAUUGGCAGAGAACAGCAUUCUAACGCUAAAGACGAAAAUACUCUACGGCAAAUUUGCCAGCAGUACCAUGAACGCGCAAAAGCUCUGGCGGACGCAGUUUACGACCUGGAAAGGACUGUAUGCCACAGAGACUUUUUGACCAACGAGUUAAAUAUUGAGGUCAAUCAACUGCACGGAAAGUUUGUCAAGCCAACGUUGAAAAAAGUCGGAAGUAUUCGAGUUAAAGAAGCACCGGAAGCCAACAGCGGAAACGCUGAUUAUCGCUGGAUGCUCCGCCCCACACCAUCCGCGCCCACCAGUCCUGGUAAAAUCCUGGAAGAGCUUAAAGAGACCAAGGACAAAUCCUCGGUACCUACACGACUGUAACCAUCGAAUUCGGCCAUCCACAAAAAUUCCGCCAAUGUGUUGAUUAAUAUUAUAGCGCUGGAUAUUCGACAUCCGACACACUGCGGUUCACCUUACAAUUAUAUCACAUUUUUAUUACCCAACGUGCAAGUGAUUAAUAUAGCACUUAUAAAAGAUUGUUUAAAUUAUCGUAAUACAGUAACACGCUCGAUGGAUUUGGAAAAUUAUUUAGUAAAGA